CCAGCGGCCCCUCCGGGCGGCGGGGAGUGGGGAGGGGCCGUUUCCAGCCCGUUCGCUGCGGUGGCGCCGUGGUGUGAAGAGGGGGGCUGUGAGGGGGGGCCGGCUGUGAGGGGGCGGCUGUGAGGCCUGGAGGAUGGAGGCUGGGCCGGGAAGGCGGCCUGUCCCCGUCGAGCGUUGGGGUGUAAGGCCUUAAGGGGCUGCCCUGAGGGGAACGGUGUGGUGAAGGGACGAGGUUCCAGGUGGGACUCGUUCUUUCUCAGCCCAUCUCUGUGCCAGAAGGCCUCGCUGAUUCCGCUCGCCCUGGCUGCUGCUGGAUUAUCACAGCAUGUGCUGAGGUUCAACAUGGCUAGUACGUUCCAAGAAACACCUACACUUGAAGCUUCUUAUUCAGAAAAUGUUGAAGCUAAGCUGUCCUUUCUACCUGAAAGACUGAGAAAGAAACUGCUUCCUUUUCAGGAGAAAGGCAUCAUGUUUGCACUUCAGAGAAGUGGCAGGUGUAUGAUUGCUGAUGAGAUGGGACUAGGUAAAACAAUUCAAGCAAUUGCCAUUUCCUAUUACUAUAAAAAUGAAUGGCCUCUCUUAAUUGUAGUGCCUUCAUCUCUGAGAUACCCUUGGGUUGAUGAGAUGGAGAAGUGGAUUCCAGAACUCUCUCCAGAUGAUAUUAGCAUCAUUCAGAACAAGACUGAUAUUGGGAGAAUAUCAACCAGCAAAGUAACGAUUCUGGGAUAUGGCCUGUUAACUUCUGAUGCGCAGACUUUAGUAGACACUUUGUACGGGCAGAACUUUAAGGUAGUUGUGAUUGAUGAGUCACACUAUAUGAAAUCCAGAAAUGCCACCCGCAGCAAGAUUUUGUUGCCGAUUGUGCAGAAAGCUCUUAGAGCUAUCCUUCUUACUGGAACUCCUGCUCUAGGAAGACCUGAAGAGCUUUUCAUGCAGAUUGAAGCACUGUUUCCAAGAAGAUUUGGAACUUGGAGUCAAUAUGCCAAAAAAUACUGCAAUGCUCGUGUCAGGUUUUUUGGUAAAAGAACUCAUUGGGACUGUAGAGGAGCUUCAAAUUUAGAAGAAUUGCAUCAACUUUUAAGUGAAAUAAUGAUCAGAAGACUGAAGAAUGAUGUUCUAACUCAGUUGCCUCCAAAAGUUAGGCAACGUAUUCCAUUUGACCUCCCACAAGCUGCAGCUAAGAAUUUGAAUACCACUUUUGCAGAGUGGGAGAAAUUAAUGAGAAAUCUGAAUUCAGAUGCCACUGAAAGCCAUUUUUCUCAAGUCAUGAAUCUAAUCACACGCAUGUAUAAAGAAACAGCCAUUGCUAAGGCAGGAGCAGUAAAGGACUAUAUCAAAAUGAUGCUUGAAAAUGACAAAUUGAAGUUUCUAGUUUUUGCUCACCACUUAAGCAUGCUUCAAGCCUGUACAGAGGCAGUGAUAGAAAAUAAGGUUCGCUACAUACGAAUAGAUGGAAGUGUUCCUUCCUCAGAAAGAAUACAUCUUGUUAAUCAGUUUCAGAAGGAUCCUGAUACCCGGGUUGCUAUUUUGAGUAUUCAGGCAGCUGGUCAGGGUUUAACUUUCACUGCUGCUACUCACGUUGUGUUUGCUGAGUUAUACUGGGAUCCAGGCCAUAUUAAGCAAGCAGAAGACAGAGCACACCGAAUUGGGCAGUGCAGUUCUGUGAAUAUUCACUUCCUUAUUGCAAAAGGAACAAUGGAUACUCUUAUGUGGGCAAUGCUGAAUCGCAAGGCCAAAGUCACAGGCAGCACCUUGAAUGGCAAGAAAGAGAAAAUGCAGGCCGAAGAAGGUGAUAAGGAGAAAUGGGAUUUUUUGAAUUUUGCUGAGACCUGGGCCCCCAGUGAAAGUCUAGAGGAUUCCGAAAAUGAACUUUUGUUUACACAUUUUGAAAAGGAAAGACAGCGUGACAUACGUUCUUUUUUUUCCCCAAAAUCCUCCACUGAGAAGAAACGCAAAACAUUUUCUGGUAAUGAAUCACUACAUAAUGACUCAGAAUCUUCAGAAGUCACAAAAGAAGAGGAUGCAGAGAAGAGCAAUGAAAACCUGGAUUCCACAAGCAUAAGUGAUGUGGAUGCAAUUUGUCAUGAAAGCACCUGUGAACGCGAAGCUAAAAGAGCAAGAAGCGUAAGUGGAUCGACUCCAGUCAGCUCCAGUAAGAGAAAGAAAAAAUCUUUGACUGGAAAAAAGCCGCCUUUGUUUUCAGAAAAAAACAAUGAAGUCCUUCCUUGUGGCUUAAAUACUUCAAGCAAAAGUACAGCUUUAAAUAAAGUUUGGCACUGCAGUGUUUGCACUUACAGUAAUAAUGAAUUGCUCCCGUACUGUGAAAUGUGCAAUUGCCCUCAAAGCAGGAAUGUUGAGAGAAACUGUGACGCUCCCAUGAAGCAGACUGAGGAAGAUGUGUCAAAGGACUCCAGGAGAAAUGAAGAGAGAGCACAGCGCAAUGCUGAAGACAGAAGUGAAGAUUUUGGGGAAGUGGUGACCCAACAAUCUGUUGAAAUCAGCGAACAGGAAACUAUUGAAAUUGAAAAUGAAGAAAAUGAAAAAAUGUGUGGAGAAGGAGAUACAGAUAAAUCAGACGCGUUUCCAAUAUAUGAUGGGCUUAUGUUUUGUGCAAGCAGGAAUACUGAUAGAAUUCACCUCUAUACAAAGGAUGGUGAACCACUGAAUCAUAAUUUCAUCCCGUUGGACAUACAGCUGGAUAACUGGGAGGAUUUACCAGAAACUUUCCAGCAUAAACAAAAUCGUUCAUUGAUACUGAGGUUUGUGAAAGAAUGGAGUCGUCUAACAGCAAUGAAACAGAAGAUUGUCAGAAAAAGUGGUCAGGUAUUUUGCAGUCCUCUUCACACUGCGGAGGAGUUGUCUAAAAAGCAGUCAGCAGUCAGCAGCACAAAAAGGUAUGUGACCAAGGAGGAUGUAGCAGCAGCCUCCCUUAGCAAAGCUAGCAGCAGCGGGGGCAGCGUGCGCCUCAUCUCGAAAGAAAGUGGGGUUUGUCUGAAGAAUGAAAAUGCUUCUGUUGAACCAUCAGGUCAUCCCACAAAGUUGCUUUCAGAAAAUGGAGAAGGUCCACCAGCUCUUUGUCCGGAGCAGAUGGAUGCUGAAGGCUCCUCUCAGUACAAAGGUUAUUUGCAAGCCCUGGACAGCCGAGGAAACCCACUCUGCCUCAGCUGUCAACAGCCAACGGCUCAGCCGGAGCCAGGCUGCCAGGCCCAUGCCUGGGACACACGAUUCUGCUCUCACGCCUGCCAGGAGGACUUCUCGAUUCGCUCUAGUCAGAGCUACCUCAGGACCAAAGUGUUUGAAAUUGAACGCGGCGUUUGCCAGUUUUGUAAUCAAAACGCCCAGGAGCUUUAUCUCAGCGUCAGAGAUGCGGCCAAGAGUCAGCGUAAGAAACUUUUGGAGGAUUCUUGGAUGUCUCACCUCCCCCUGGGGCAGUUGAAUGAAAUCAUAACGAACCCGGCAGAAGGCCAGUUCUGGCAGGUAGACCACAUCAAGCCCGUUUACGGUGGAGGAGGACAGUGCUCCCUGGAAAACCUUCAAACGCUGUGUACGCUCUGCCACAGGGAGAGAACUGCGAAACAGGCCAAGGAAAGAAGCCAGAUGAAGAGACGCUCCUUAGCUACGAAGUACGGCUGUGAUAUCACAAAAUUUUUUGUGAAGAUGUAAAAUGCAAGGUGUAUUCAGUUACAUUGCAACUCAGAAACCGGUAUGGUUACACAGUCUUCCUCGUGCACAUAAAUCCUUGUAUCGUGCUGUUGGUAGAGGGAAGACUAUACAGAAUUAAAACCAAGAAAUCACUUUUAACACUUGAUUGCCGGAGGGGCUUGGGUGAGUGCACCCAAGGUAUUGAUCAUGGUUAUGUUUUUAUGACCCUGUGGUUUAAAGCUAAAUUUCUGUGUGUACCCUUAAUGCAAUUUUGAAGCAUUCCUGUUUUCCUGUUACAGCGUAAGUUAUACCUGCAAGAAUUUGAGGAAGUUCUCUUGAAACUCCUGUUGGUCCUACAGGGUUCAAUUGUACUGGGGACAUUACGGACUGAGAGGGUAUCUUAGUUUAAAUUCUUUUCUUUGUUCAAAUACCAAAAUUACUGGAGAAAAUACAAGUUCUGAUAUGUAUUAUCACAAAACAGCAUGAGUGAUUUGUUGCUUCUAAAACUGCCUUGUACCUACAAACCACUAAUAGCAGCCUCAGGAACGCGCUGAUCAGCCAUGAAAGGCCGACUGUUGGCACUGGGCCUGACAUAAGAUUUUGGCAUUCCACAUUACCUGUUGAAAUCUGGUUUAACUUAAACCAGCUUGUAUUACAAACUUAUUCAUGAUAAGGAGCCACAAAUAUCACCAAUUAUCUCAUCAAAGGUAGUUUCUGGGACAUGCUAGAGUCACAUUCCCCUAAUAAGAUUACAGAGAUGCUGGAUAUUUUGGACUGUUUAUGUGGCUUUCUUUAUGGUUACUUCAAAUAAAUACAUUUCUCUUUUUCCUGGUGAUUUUUUUUAACGCUUUAUCUGUCUCUCCCCCACCCCUUGAAUGCCAUAAGGCAGCAGUAACUGCUGUUACACUACAGAUCUUGUUGUGAAAGUACAUGACUGCAAUUUCAAGUAAAUCUAAUUAAAAUAAGCUGUAAAGCUUUCUGGGUUGCCUUAAUGAGCAAAACUCUUAAAAAUGUUCUUUUUUCUCAGUUAAAGAAAGAUAGUGUUCUGAAUGCACCAUUUUCUAUAGCAUGAAACUAACUGGGCUUCUCCAGCAAAGACAUCUUUAGGUAACUGCCUGAAGAAGUCUUACUUGAUGUUUGUGUUCUUUCUCCAAGUGAUUAAAGGCAUCAGCUCUUCAGCCUAAGAACAGCUCUUAACUAACUGAGGGAUUUGCAAGUUUAUACAGCCUUUACGAGAAGACACACUUCAAUAUAAAUUUUGUGAAGACAGCAUGUCAGGAGAGGAGGAAACCACGAGUAUCAGGGAAGAUACUUAAGUUAAAGAUUACUUAUUCAGUAAUUAUUUCUUUUAAAGGACCUAGGCAGUUAAACAGCAGCUAAGUUAGUCUUUUUUUAUCAGAGGAAUUUGCCUCAGGUAAAAUGCAAACAGCCUGGAGAACAAGUUCUGUCACAAAAUUUUCUCUGAAGAAAAUUAACGCUUCUUUAUCCUGAAAAUUGUAUUUCUACUUGAUACAGCUUUAUCUGAGGGAAGCACUAUCACCCCUGGCCCCUCCAAGAAGUUUUAGGGUAACACCUGGGCCCCUGCUAUCUGAUACAGAACUUAACUUUCUAUAUCUAUGUAGUCAGAAUCAUAAACGAUGCUUUUCCUGGGUCAA